ACAAACAAAAAACAAAACCAGCCGAGCGAAACAACAACCACCAAAAACAGUCAACAGCACCAUGUCGUCGAUUUUGCUACUGGUUUGUUUCCUAAUUUCUGGAAUCAAUGCUCUUGGUGAACCAAUACAAGUAGAUCCAAGUUCAGAUGAAGCCCUUGAUAUUGCUUCUUUUGCCCAAGACGAAUUAAAUCGACGCAGUAGUAGUAACUCGUUGUACAAAACCAAAGUCGUGGAAGUGAAGAAUGUCCAGAAAAAGCUUGUUUCUGGAAUUCUUUAUGAUUUUGAUGUAUUGACGGCUGUCACGCUCUGCUCAAUAAAUGAUGCCACCAAACCAGAAGAAUGCGAAAUCAAUCCAAGAGGGAUGAAAGAAAUUUGCAGUGUGACAGUGUGGGUGAAGCCAUGGCUAAAUUUCAGAGAAAUUCAACCGGGUUUGAAGUGUACCCCUGCUCCAGCUGAUGUCACCCCUUCCCAGGAUGACGACAAACCUCUGAAUCUUGUCCAUGUACCGCUUAUGAAGGACACUAAAGAAGACAAAGUUGAUCUGUCUUACAUGGAUGCCUUCAAGAAAUGGCUUCAGAAAUACAACAAAGAUUAUGCAACAGAGCCUGAUUUGGUGAGAUACCGUUACAAGAUUUUUGCAGAUAACAUGAAAACGAUCGAAGAAUAUCAGAAAAAUGAGCAAGGAACAGCAGUUUAUGGUCCAACUAAGUUUGCUGACUUGACGACUGAUGAAUUUAAGAAGUACCUAGGCCUGUCAGGUCCAAUGAAGCCGUCAGGGAAGCCAAUGAAACAAGCCACGAUCCCAAACAUCCAGGAACCAGAUGCUUUUGAUUGGCGUGAUCAUAAUGCUGUCAGUGAGGUCAAAGAUCAAGGCAUGUGUGGAUCUUGCUGGGCAUUCUCAACGACUGGUAACAUAGAGGGCCAGUGGGCCAUCAAGAAAAAUAAGCUCAUCUCACUGUCUGAACAAGAACUUGUUGACUGUGACAAGAUCGAUGAGGGAUGCGAUGGAGGUCUGCCAAGCCAAGCUUAUGAAGAAAUCAUUCGUUUAGGUGGUCUGGAAAGUGAGAAGGCGUACCCUUACAAGGGUAUGUGGAGUGAUAAUUGUACCUUUGAUAGGUCAAAGGUCGAGGUAUACAUCAACAGCUCUGUCAACAUCUCAAAAGAUGAAGGAGAUAUGGCAAAGUGGCUAGCUAAGAACGGACCCAUCUCCAUUGGUAUUAACGCCAACAUGAUGCAGUUCUACUUCGGAGGCAUAUCUCAUCCGUAUAAGAUCUUUUGCGAGCCAACAAAACUUGAUCAUGGGGUAUUGAUUGUUGGAUACGGUGUCAAAAGCGAUAAACCUUAUUGGAUUGUCAAGAACAGUUGGGGAGAUGAUUGGGGUGUGAAGGGAUAUUACUUGGUGUACCGUGGUGACGGUGUCUGCGGCCUUAACCAAAUGUGUACAUCGGCAGUGAUUGAGUAACGCAGAUCCGAUCGACACCAGAUGCAUUAACAAAACCAAAAUAUCUCCCGAGAAAACUCAACAAUAAAGAGUAUCUUUUAUAGCAAGAAAAUAUUGUACGGAAAG